CUAGAGUGGGCAGGCCUAGGUACUUGUCCUGAACUCCUACAGCCCCAACACCCAGCACACCCGCCAUCUCAUCUGCCUCUACCGGGUCUACAUUCCCACUAAAACAUACUGCCGACUUAUUCAAAUUAACUUUCUGCCCACUCAGCUCCUGAUACCUGUGAAGCAACUGCACCAAUGCGUCACACUCCUGUCGAGACGCUCUCAAGAACAGAUAAGAAUCAUCUGCAAAAAAUAAAUGGGAAAUGCUAGGGCAUCUUGGGUUCACCUUAACCCCCACUAGCUUUUUCUCCGAGAUAGCCUGUCUCAACAGAGCCGCGAAUCCUUCAGAACAAAUGGCAAAUAAUAGCGGAGAUAACGGAUCCCCCUGUCGUAGCCCUCUCGUCGAGCGGAAAUACCAUGCAGGCACUCCGUUCAUCAUAACAGAGAAAGACGCAGCACUCCCAAUCUAUGUUAUGUCUUGUUUUCUCUUGCCAGUAACCUUAUGUAGAAAAUUGGACAAGCAUAUGGCUCGCUUUUGGUGGGGGUACUCGGUGGAUAAGGAAAAGGCGCAUUGGGUUUCCUGGCGGAACCUGUGUCGUAGCAAAUUCGAUGGUGGGCUUGGGUUUAGACGCUUCGAGGACUUCAACCAAGCUUUGUUGGCAAAAGUGGCUUGGCGGGUUUGGCAGGAACCGCAUACUCUACUGGCACAGGUCUUGAAGGGGAAGUACUUUGCGCAAACUUCGAUACUACAAGCGAAGCGUGGUUCUAGACCGUCCUGGGGGUGGACUAGUGUGCUCCAUGGCAGAGAUUUAUUGCAGCAGGGGUUAGUUUGGCAGAUUGGUGAUGGGAAAGACGCGAGGGUGCUGGAAGAUCGUUGGAUCCCAGGGGUGAGGCGUGAGGAGGUUUGUAUACUCCCCUCCGCCCCGGUGUUGACAGAAGCCAGGGUAGAGUCGUUCUUGGUCCCUGGGUCGGGGAAAUGGUGUGUUGAGUGUCUCCAACAGUGUUUCCCUGAGUCGGUGAUGCAGCGGAUUUGCUCCAUUCCAUUGCCAGUUCGGCAGAUACCGGAUCGGUGUGUUUGGGCUUGGGAGUCAGAUGGGGAGUAUACAGUGAAGUCGGGGUACCACCUGGCUCUUCAGAUCAGUCGUGCAGCUCCGGGAUGGAAGGAGGAGGUUUCAUUCUUUGAUAUGGGAUUUUGGAAGAAAGUGUGGGGUUUUCCGCUGCCUCCUAAGUUGAAAUUCUUUGUAUGGCAACUUCUUAGGCGGGUGUUACCCACUGCGGAGGCUAUCUUUGAAAAGAGGGGACAAAAUCCGACUGAGGUCCGGGACCCCCCUGAAGAUGGUGAGACACUCUCUCCCAGAUGCCCGGUCUGCUGGGAACCGGUGGAGACCCUGGAGCAUUUAUUUUUGUCUUGUAGAGUUGCAGUGGACCUAUGGAAUCGCUCGGGUGUGACAGGUGUGGAUGGGAUGGCGGGGGUGUCUAACUUUGCUUUGUUCUUCCGUAGUAUGGUUGAACAAGAUGAUGGGACAGAGCGGAUUGUACGUAUGGUGGCUCUGCUUUGGAGAAUUUGGAAGAGCCGGAAUUGGGUAGUCUUUGAGCAUAUACAGUACGAUUUAACAUGCUUGGUUCGUCAGUUUGAGAUGCAGGUGCGUGAAUGGAUGGCGUUUGUUCAGCCAGAGCAAGUACCGGUGCUUCAGCGGCGAAUUUCGUCUGGAGGACGGGGUCCGGUCCAGUUGCAUCUGGCGUUGCCGUUUUCUUGUUAUGUGGAUGGGGCAGUGGCGCCGGGAUCACAUGGUGCGGGGGGCUUGGUUAUCCGCGAUGGCAUGGGACGGGUGUGUAUGGUCAAGGGAUUUUAUUAUGCAGGUAUUGUGGAUCCUUUUCUCGUGGAGUUAGUGGCGUUUCGGGACGCUGUCCAGUGGUGCUUAGGGAAGGGGAUGGAUGCAGUUUGGUUUUAUGGAGAUGCCAAAGGUGUGAUUGAGAAGAUUCAGCGGCGGGAUGCGCGGGAUAUGAAGGGGGGCGCAUACUUGUGGAAAUUGAGGAGUUGCGGAGGCAGUAUCGGUCUUUUGGUGUCUCUUUUGUUGGCAGGAAUGACAAUCGGGUGGCUCAUGAGGUAGCCAGGAAGACCCUCUCUUUGUUAUCUGCUGUUGUUGCGAGUUUUGAUUUUGAUCAGUGGUUUCAUUUUGGAUUGUAAAACUUUGCUAUCUUUGAUUUGGUAAUACCAGUUAUCUAUUGCUAAAAAAAAAACAAGAUAAUCAUGUUAGUUUAUUAUUACUUAGUAGAUGUAUUCGACUUAACACUAAUGAUAUGAAAAAUAUUGUACUCUAUCUUAUUUAUUAAUGGAUGUUUUAGGAUCAUAUGAUUUGAAUCGUAUUAAGAAUAAUUAUAUUUUUAUUGA